UCUGCAUCGGAGGAUAAAGCACUGAUGUAGCUAUCAUUGCUCAGCAGCUCUCCCUUCUUCUCUGAUAUCUCCAACUUUAGAGUAUUUCAACAUAUAGAGGAAAACUACAACCAUCACAAAGAAAUUGAGGAAGAAAAUGGGAGCCAAUGAACGCUGACAUUCUAGCUUAUACAUGAAGAAAAGGAGAACAAAAGCUAUUUGUUCGUUCAUACGAAUUACUACUUGAAGUUUUUCCACUAGAGAAUUAUCAGAAAUCUAAAAAAUGCCUCCACGACCAUCAUCUGGUGAACUAUGGGGCAUCCACUUGAUGCCACCGCGGAUCCUCGUGGAGUGUCUUCUACCAAAUGGAAUGAUAGUGACUCUAGAAUKCCUCCGUGAGGCCACAUUACUAACUAUUAAGCAUGAACUCUUUAAAGAAGCAAGAAAAUACCCUCUCUAUCAGCUCCUUCAAGACGAAUCAUCUUACAUUUUUGUAAGUGUUACCCAGGAGGCAGAAAGAGAAGAAUUUUUUGAUGAAACACGGAGACUUUGUGACCUGCGGCUCUUUCAACCUUUUCUAAAAGUCAUUGAACCAGUAGGUAACAGAGAAGAAAAGAUUCUAAAUAGAGAAAUAGGUUUUGCUAUUGGCAUGCCUGUCUGUGAAUUUGACAUGGUUAAGGAUCCAGAAGUGCAAGAUUUCAGAAGAAAUAUUCUUAAUGUUUGCAAAGAAGCAGUGGAUCUGCGAGAUGCCAAUGCACCCCAUAGUAGAGCAUUAUAUGUCUGUCCUCCAAAUGUAGAGUCUUCGCCUGAGCUACCCAAACACAUAUACAAUAAGCUAGAUAAAGGACAAAUUAUAGUGGUAAUAUGGGUAAUAGUCUCACCAAAUAACGAUAAGCAGAAGUACACGUUAAAAAUCAAUCAUGACUGUGUGCCUGAGCAAGUUAUCGCUGAAGCAAUUAGGAAGAAGACACGGAGUAUGUUGCUGUCUUCAGAACAACUGAAACUCUGCGUCUUGGAGUACCAGGGCAAGUAUAUUUUAAAAGUGUGCGGCUGUGAUGAGUACUUGCUAGAAAAAUAUCCACUGAGCCAGUAUAAGUACAUAAGAAGCUGUAUAAUGCUUGGUCGCAUGCCUAACCUGAUGCUGAUGGCUAAAGAGAGCCUAUAUACCCAGCUGCCCCUGGACACCUUUACAAUGCCAUCUUAUUCCAGACGCAUUUCUACAGCUACACCCUAUAUGAAUGGAGAAGCUACAGCCAAAUCCCUCUGGUCUAUAAAUAGUGCUCUCAGAAUAAGAAUCCUGUGUGCAACCUAUGUAAAUGUGAACAUCCGAGACAUUGACAAGAUCUAUGUUCGAACAGGUAUCUAUCAUGGAGGGGAGCCUUUGUGUGACAAUGUGAAUACUCAGAGAGUACCUUGUUCUAAUCCCAGGUGGAAUGAGUGGCUGUCGUAUGAAAUGUACAUAACUGAUCUUCCACGUGCUGCUCGGCUCUGCCUCUCAAUCUGUUCUGUUAAAGGCCGGAAAGGGGCUAAAGAGGAACACUGUCCGUUGGCAUGGGGAAAUAUAAAUAUGUUUGAUUACACAGACACCUUAGUGUCUGGGAAAAUGGCUUUGAAUCUUUGGGCAGUACCUCAUGGGCUGGAGGAUUUGCUGAAUCCUAUUGGUGUUACUGGAUCAAAUCCAAAUAAAGAAACUCCAUGUUUAGAGCUGGAAUUUGAUUGGUUUAGCAAUCCUGUGAAGUUUCCGGAUAUGACGGUGAUUGAAGAACAUGCCAACUGGACUAUAUCUCGUGAACUAGGGUUUAACUACAGCUAUGCAGGGCUGAGUAACAGAAUAGCUAGAGAUAAUGAAUUAAGAGAAAGCGACAAGGAGCAACUACGUGCUAUAUGCACACGAGAUCCUCUCUCUGAAAUCACUGAGCAAGAGAAGGACUUUCUUUGGAGCCACAGACACUAUUGUGUAAAUAUCCCAGAAAUUCUACCCAAACUGCUUUUAUCUGUUAAAUGGAACUCCAGAGAUGAAGUAGCCCAGAUGUACUGUUUGGUAAAAGAUUGGCCUCCAAUCAAGCCAGAGCAAGCGAUGGAGCUUCUGGACUGUAAUUACCCAGAUCCAAUGGUGCGAGCCUUCGCAGUUCGCUGUCUAGAGAAGUACUUGACAGAUGACAAACUCUCACAAUACUUGAUCCAGCUGGUACAGGUUCUGAAAUAUGAACAGUAUUUAGAUAAUCAACUUGUGAGAUUUUUACUCAAGAAGGCACUGACCAAUCAAAGGAUAGGACACUUCUUCUUUUGGCAUUUAAAGUCUGAAAUGCACAACAAAACUGUAAGCCAGAGGUUUGGUUUACUUCUGGAGUCCUAUUGUCGAGCGUGUGGAAUGUACCUAAAGCAUCUGAGCAGGCAGGUGGAGGCUAUGGAGAAGUUGAUUAACCUCACAGAUAUUCUCAAGCAGGAAAAAAAAGAUGAGACCCAGAAGGUGCAGAUGAAGUUUCUUGUGGAACAAAUGAGGAGACCAGAUUUUAUGGAUGCUUUACAAGGCUUUAUCUCUCCUCUUAAUCCUGCUCAUCAACUGGGAAAUCUUCGGCUUGAGGAAUGCAGGAUAAUGUCAUCUGCAAAAAGGCCUCUGUGGUUGAACUGGGAAAACCCAGAUAUAAUGUCUGAAUUGUUAUUUCAGAAUAAUGAGAUAAUCUUUAAAAAUGGAGAUGAUUUGCGUCAAGACAUGCUGACACUUCAGAUAAUCAGAAUCAUGGAAAACAUCUGGCAAAAUCAGGGUCUUGAUCUUCGGAUGUUGCCUUAUGGUUGUUUGUCUAUUGGUGACUGCGUGGGACUUAUUGAGGUAGUGAGGAGCUCUCAUACGAUCAUGCAGAUUCAGUGUAAAGGUGGCUUAAAAGGUGCUUUGCAGUUCAACAGCCAUACGUUACAUCAGUGGCUCAAGGACAAGAACAAAGGAGAAAUGUAUGAUGCAGCGAUUGACUUGUUUACACGUUCUUGUGCUGGCUACUGCGUUGCAACCUUUAUCCUGGGCAUCGGUGAUCGCCACAAUAGCAACAUCAUGGUGAAAGAUGAUGGACAACUGUUUCACAUUGACUUUGGGCACUUCCUCGACCACAAGAAGAAAAAAUUUGGUUAUAAAAGAGAACGUGUGCCAUUUGUUUUAACACAAGACUUUUUAAUAGUGAUUAGUAAAGGAGCCCAAGAAUGUACCAAAACGAGAGAGUUUGAAAGGUUUCAGGAGAUGUGCUAUAAGGCUUACCUAGCAAUUCGGCAACAUGCCAAUCUCUUCAUAAAUCUGUUCUCCAUGAUGCUUGGUUCAGGAAUGCCAGAACUGCAGUCGUUUGAUGAUAUUGCUUACAUCCGAAAGACUCUUGCAUUGGACAAAACUGAGCAGGAAGCUCUCGAGUACUUCAUGAAGCAAAUGAAUGAUGCUCACCAUGGUGGCUGGACAACAAAAAUGGACUGGAUCUUCCACACAAUAAAGCAACAUGCCUUGAACUGAAAUGAAAGCAAAGAAAACACGAACUAAUUGCCCGCUCUUGGGGUACUGCACUGUUAAAACCUGUUAGCAGCAGAGACUGGUUGCAUAGGAAUUGCACAAACCAUGAAUGGCAUUAAAACUGACAGCAAGAAAAGAGUUGAACUGUUCAGACAAUUGUCAAAAAAUGAUGUAAAACAGGGUUUCAGAUAGCACUAAAAUUGUACACUUCAAAAAUUAAGCUUUAGUAUGAUGUGUGACUUCAUGUUAUGCCUUAAGCCCAAAAAGGUAAACUGGGAAGAAUGUUUCCUUUUUUCAUUUGAUAGGGUAAAUUAGAAAGACAAAGAAAAUCGUGCUAGCAUGAGAGAGUCCAUCAUGUAUUACAUUACAUGUACCUGAUACAACAGGUAAAGACUAUGCUGGAUUGAGAAGAUUGGAAAGAACUCAAGUGACAGUGAGUAUUUUUUAAAUGCAGCAUAGUUUAAAGGGAAAGAGUUUAAGCUCAAGAUCUAAAAAUAAUAGUGAGGGGACAGUGCCUUUUAAAUGUGCUGGGAGGCAUUAACGUAUAUGGGGUGUAGAUGACCCUUUGAUUUCUGGGUCUGUCGUCUGCACAGUUCCUGACAGCAGUAGGAAAUAGGCCCAUUCAGUAUGGUGUUUCUUCUGCUCAGUGUUUUUAGGGGUGCAAUCCAUACCUUCAAAAAGAAACUCUUGUCCCCCUCAUCCCAAAAGAACUGACUAAGCUGGAAACUGAACGGUCAGAAUUGGGUUUAGUGCAACAAAGAGUUGUAGUGUUCAUCUUAGGUUUGCUUUAAUCUAACUUGAACUGAAUAGGUUUUUUUCAUACAUGUUUUCCAGAGCCUAAGAAAGGUGAGUUAUUAAAAUUAUUGAAAGAUUAUUUUUUUAUAAAGGCUAUUUAUAUAAUAGGAACUAUUAUUAAUAUAUAUUCUUUAUUUACAUGAUUUGUCCCAUAUUCACUCUUUUAAUUUUGCAGCCCAGUUCUAUCUGUCCAAGACUCCUGUUUCCAUUAAUGUCACUGAAGGUGACCAGAUAAACUCCUAGGACCAAAUUCAACCCUAGUGAAAGAGGACACAAGUAACACUAAAGGAGUGGGAGAUAAACCCACUAAAAUGCCAGACGUGGCAUUGGCCUAAGUCUCUUCAAAAAAAUUUGGGCAAUACUCUUUACGUUACUGAAGUUUUAUGCUGACUCUUCAAAGAACGUAUGUUUAAACCCUCGAUCUUUGGGUCCACCAUUUCUCUUCUUUCUUCCUCCUUUGGAAGUGGUUCUUUAAUCCAGUAACCAAUACAUUGGAAAUAGUAUAGAUUUUCAGUAUGAUCAAUAAGCAGUUCAGCAUAUGGCGAAUAUGUUGGCUAGCUCACAGCAUGUGGAGUUACCUGACAUUUUAUAGCUUUGUCUGUUUUGUGUGCGUGCGUGUGUGUUUAAUAUAUAUUUGUAAAUGUAGCUGUUGUCCUCUAACACAGUAUGAUGAGUGCAAUCAAUUAAAUUGGCACCACUUUUUGAAACUAUCCAGAAUACUGAGAAUUUCAGAUUGCCCUUAUGCACAACUUCAGGUAGGACUGUUUUCAUGAUUAUUAAACUUUUUUUUUUAAUUAGAAACCCAUGAUUCUGAGGGUGAUAUUUACCCCAACAUCUUAAACUUACUAGAUCUGCAGCACUUGGAGUGAAUUCCAAAGGUCUAGAGCAAGCACACACAGGUGCCACUCAGUAAGUGCAAUACCACAUGUAAUAUAAAAUAUGCUGACAGCUGGUGUUAGAUUAGCAUAUAAGUAUAUAAAUAAACUGUACUUUGUGCAGGCUGUACUGAUGAGGUAAUGACUGGUUGGCUUCAUUUAGCAAAAUGUAAUAUAUUUUUUAAAUGUGCAAUCAAUUACAUUAUGAAAAAACUUUGGGGAUUGUAAAGCCAAGACUUUACUCUUUCAAGACACUUUCAUAGUCAAGAUUCUGCAGUUAAUUUCUGUACACACAGAUACUUGACAGUGUUGGAGAGGGGGGAACCUGCUUUUGUGAAAACUACCCAAGUUCCAAGAAUAGUAUAGGGAAUGUGAAGUUUUAUUUCCUUAGUUUUACUAAACAUUUUGGAGUAGUCCAAUAGACUUCCCAUUACUCUUUAUUGACUGUUACAUAGGCCUUUUUGUUCACAUGACUUUUUUCACUCCUCCUAACUUUGGUCAUAGUUUCUAGAAGACAUUUACCCCUGUAUGUACUGCUUUGCAGUCAAUACACACUAAUGUUUUAGCUCUUUUGAAACCUGGCCUAGUUUCAGUUUAAAUUCUGUUUAGUUCAAAAUCUGAAACCCUGUUGGCUGUGACUCUUCAACAGUAGAGUUGUUAUACAAAUGCCACAUCAAGUGCUAUAUUAUUCUUAUUUAUCUGGUAAUGAAACCAUGUUUUACUUUCUUCAUGUAAGAAACAGCCUUUUCCAAUCUGGUCAGAAGGAUCCACUCAAAUUUACUGGAUCUUAUGAGCCCAACUUCUUUGUACUUAGCCCUUUCCUGUCAUUUAUUCUGUAAGUGUGGGUAUGUGUGUCUUUCAGUUCAAGCAUAUAGUGUUUUGCACCCUUUUGCACAAAUUGAAAGGUAUAAGGAAUCAGGCUCUGUUUCUAAAAGUUACUGCAACUAAAUGCUGUACAUAAGCUCUAGAAGAAAAGAACAUAAUGAUGCAGAGACAUUUUGAGUUGGGGUAGUUGAAGUGUUUUUUAAAAAAACAAGAAGAGAAUGGGAUUUAAGCAACUAUUCUCAGCAUAAUCAAGAUGGACAUUUGAAAAAAAUCUUUCAGCGGGAAAAAAAAAAAUACUUUUUUUCCCCUCAGAAAGGAAAACAAGGCAUUUUACCCUAAAUACAUUGUUACACCAGUGUUGUGCAGAUGUAACUUCCCUGAAGAUAGUGGAAUUACUACUGAGUCAGAUUGGUUUAAAUGAGAGGAUGUCAUCUCUUCUUGGUUUCAGAAAGAAGAUCUGUUUGCAGACUGUGAAAACACUUGUAACUGAGCUGUAGAACUUUAUAGAGAUUGUGUGGAAUUUACAUUUUUAAUAAUUUUUAAACUAUUGACACUUAAAAGGAAAUUAGAAAAUUCCUCCUUUUUAUUCUGAGAAUCGGCAGCACCAAACACUAACUUCAGUUUGAGUUUGAACUGAAACCUGUAUUUUCCUGGUCUGCGAGAGCAAGGAGCCCAGGGCUGGGCCAUACAUUUUACUAUAAGAGCCAUUACAUAAUGGUGAUUUAGUGAAAUACAAGUUUUAAAACAGUAACUUUUCAACUGUGAAGCUAUGUUUGAUUUAAUGAUGAAACAGGGUGCUGAUGAUUAGUUUUUCACGAAAAUAUUAUUCUUUGCUUUCCUAAAAGGUGCCUGUACUGACUUACACAUGCACACCUUUCUGUUCUGAAAGAGUGCAUUAGUAGAUUUUUCAUAGGUUAAAAACACUUUCAGUAUAACUAAAAAGAAAAAAAAAAGGCGUUUAAAUAAAACCAAAAUUGUUAAUAGCUUGGCAUCCUGUGGAGGAGAUAUAAGCCUGCAUAUUAAGGGCAAUGUAGGAAUUGCCAAGCAUGUAGAAAAUUUUGUAUGUGAUGACCCUCCUAUUGGUGUUUUGGAGUUGCUGGGGUUUUGUUUUGUUUUUCAACUUUCCAUUUUAUGUAAAAUGUUAAUAGCCCUAUAGUGGUCAGUAGCCCAAGUUUGUUAACAACUGAAGGUAUUUUCUUUGCUUUGUCAUUUUAUAACUGGCAUGUUCUAGUGUUUAUGAUGAAUAAUUGUAAAUCCCUACUGUUUUGCAUGUCUGUACAGGUUGCAGACCUGGGCUGGACCCAUUCAGAAAACAAAAAUACAAAAAAAAAAGCCACUUGAAAUUAUUACUUUGAUGUCCUUGACAUCUCAACAAUACUACAAGUUAAUGCAAAUGGUGUGUUAUUUCAGAGGAAAUUGUAUUUUGCUGCUUCCAAGAUUUUUUUUUCUUUUUUGCUUAACUUCCAUGUUUCUUUUUACUUGAAUGGAAGAACCACCACACUUCUUUUGUUAAUGUUAUAUAGCUAUGGACAUUGUGUUGCAGAUUGUGGAAUCCCAAUUUAAUUUUGCAAUACACCUUUCAUACAAAUAAUGAAUUUGUAUCUUUUUUUCAUGCUGAAAGUUGUUUCAGUUGGAGUAAAGCACUAUCUGUCCAAAAUGUGCAGCUCACUACACCAGCAGUGGAUCAUUUAGGUAUUUUGUAUCUGUGUUAACUAUGGAAGUCCACUGAAGCCUGGAUAUAUAGGGGUUUUGUUUUGCUUGUGUGCAAUAAGCAGUUCUAUAGGUUCGCAGAAAUUCUGAUUUCACUUACGCUGAUAUAACUCUGACUUCGUUAAGUUGCUCUGAAUUUAUGAUAGCAUGUGAAAUCAGAAUUAAACUCCAUGUGUGUUAAAAGGCCCAAAUUGCUUAUUUGUAUGAAUCAGUAUAAAAGCUGUUCUCUUGACAAGAAGAAUGUUUACUAGCUGCCCCAUUAAACACUUGGCAAUUUAUUUGGAAAACUUCCUUUAUUAACUAGCCCUUUCAGCAUGCUUAUUCAGGGUGACCGUGAUCUUUUCUGUAGUUACUUUGGCUAAGACUUCCAGGACUUCUUUUGUUUGCUAGGUUGAAGAAAGCUCUGUGCUCUUAAAAUCUUCCAUGGGAUGUAAAAUCAUGAAGCCCACUCAGGAAAAGUAGUUGUUGUUAAUACAGUAUUUGCAGCACAGUAUUCCUUUUGACUUCUGAGCUUCAUUGGACACAUUUUUAAAAAACACGAGGUCUGCCUGUAUUAGCACUCCUAACCCAAACCAGAAAUGGAUCCUUCUUUCUCCACUCUUUCCCUCAUCCCAUGCCCAAGGAUAAGAAGGAAAUAAAAGUACGAUAUAAAACCUUUGUCAGAGAUUAACUGAAGUAAUUCCCUGCCCGUACUUUGAAGUUAGCUCUGUUGUUUGUAUAAAUGUGUGUCUUAAGUGCCCUUAUUAUCACUUCUGUCUGUGAUUGAGUAUUCAUUCAGCAACAAGGUGGCCAAAAAUAUACUAUGUUCUCUUGACUCCCUUUGAAAUUCUGGUGCUGAUUCCCCAGUAGGUAUAAACUGGUUUAGGAACUAUUCUGUUCAGUGUAACUGUAUAAAUUUAGUUAGGGACUUGUUCUAGUACUUCAAUUAAAGAAGCCCGACUUAAUUGUACUGCUCAAGUUAGAGAGAGCCCAGUGAAUUAGCAUC